GAGUUCAUUGAGUGACUGAAGUGAGAGUAGAGAGAGAGUGAGAGAGAGAGAGAGAGAGAGAGAGAGACGGAGAAGAGGAGAUCACUCCACCAUCGGUGAAAUUUGAUGGUGAUCUUUUGAUUCGUCUCUCUCUUUUGCGUUCAUUUCCACUCUGUACGCUGAUUAUCUUGAUCUGGACGGAAGGAUUUUUGUUGGGCAAUCUUGAUCUUUGGAGAUAAGGCAGAGAUGGUGGGAUCGGACGAGAACAACCCGAGCGUGAUCCGACCCGCAAAUGUUCAAGGGGGUCUGCCUGCCGGCGGAGGAGGCAUGAAGGCCAUGACAGGAGUCGGACAAAACAGACGAGCUUUGAGCAACAUCAACAGGAACAUCAUCGGAGGAGGUCCCCCUUACCCUUGUGCUGUCAACAAGAGAGUUCUGUCAGAAAAAAAUGUGCUAUGCAACAAGAACCCACCCAUUCCGGUGCAUCGUCCGAUAACUAGGCAAUUUGCUGCUCAGAUUGCUAACAAGCAGCGACUUAAUCCCGAGGAAACGAAGAAAUCGGUCCAGCUCGAGUCAAGCCCAGCCUACUCAGAUGACUGCACUAUCAUAGAUGCGGAUGACUACAAGAUGAGUACCGAGUUUCCUGCACCCAUGUUUGUUCAACACACUGAAGCCAUGCUAGAGGAGAUUGAUCGGAUGGAUGAGGUUGAAAUGGAAGAUGUGGAUGAAGAUGCAAUAGUGGACAUUGACAGUGGUGACAAGAACAAUGCGCUUGCUGUUUUUGAGUAUAUUGAUGACCUGCACAGCUAUUAUAAGAAGGCCGAGGGUACUAGUUGUGUCCCACCAAAUUACAUGGAGCAGCAAUUCGACAUUAAUGAGAGGAUGAGAGGGAUACUUAUCGACUGGUUAAUCGAGGUUCAUUACAAGUUCGAGUUGAUGGAUGAAACCUUGUGUCUUAUGGUCAAUCUCAUAGACCGUUUCCUAGCAGUCCAACCAAUCGUGAGGAAGAAGCUCCAGCUUGUUGGGGUCACCGCAAUGCUUCUUGCUUGCAAGUAUGAGGAGGUCUCUGUCCCUGUUGUGGAGGAUCUGAUUCUGAUUUCUGACAAGGCUUACAGUCGAAAAGAAGUACUAGAGAUGGAGAGGCUAAUGGUGAACACAUUGCAAUUCAAUAUGUCGGUUCCUACUCCAUAUGUUUUCAUGAGGAGGUUCCUUAAAGCUGCUCAAUCAGACAAGAAGCUUGAACUUCUCUCCUUCUUCAUAAUCGAGCUUUGCCUGGUCGAGUACGAGAUGCUCAAGUUCCCACCAUCUUUAUUAGCUGCUGCCGCUGUCUACACAGCUCAGUGUGCUAUUUCCAGGUUCAGAGAGUGGAGCAAGACCUGCGAAUUUCACUCCACUUAUUCCGAGGAACAACUCUUGGAAUGCUCUAGAAUGAUGGUAACUUUCCAUCAGAAGGCUGCAACUGGGAAGCUUACUGGGGUUCACAGGAAGUACAGCACAUCGAAGUAUGGUUAUGCUGCAAGAGCCGAGCCUGCAAGCUUCCUCUUGGAAGGCAGGCUCUAAAGAACCCUGAGAAAAACUAAAAUUGGGGCAAUAGAGGGUUGAGGAUAGAAAAGAGCAACAUAAGUUGCCCCUGGGUGAAGAAGAAGUAUUCUUUGUCUAGAAUCAGAUAGGGGGGGUGUGUGCAGUGUUCAUUCUUCGAAUUCUACUCAACGCUUUUUUAGUUUGUUUGAACAUAAAAAAGAGAACUGGCUUUGUCGUCUGUAGCAUUUGGUUCCUGGAAGUGUCUUCCGGCAGAGCAAGUUUUCUUUGCUGAAUGAGUAAAUGAUCAGCAUUUUGCUUGGUCUUCAGUCCUCAGAUUACAUCUCUGUAUAACAUCUCCAAUUGGAAAAGAG